AUGUCGAUAAACCACUUCUCACCAGAAGCGAGACUAUACUGGAGCGAGCAACAACCGGCCGCCACGUGGCUCGGCAACUCUCAUACUCCUCGUUUCAACCUGAACGACAACCAGGAGGAGGUGGAGGAGGAGGAAGAGGAGGUGGUGGCGGCGGAGAAGGGUGGUGGUGGCGCGACGGAAGAGGAGGAGAAGGAAGCGAUGUUCGAGAAGCCGUUGACUCCGAGCGACGUGGGGAAGCUGAACCGGUUGGUGAUCCCGAAACAGCACGCGGAGAAGCACUUCCCGCUGGAGUCUUCGUCGUCGUCGUCGUCGUGCGGUGACAGCGCGAAGGGUGUGUUGCUGAGUUUCGAGGACGAGUCCGGGAAGUGCUGGCGCUUCCGUUACUCUUAUUGGAACAGUAGCCAGAGUUACGUUUUGACCAAAGGAUGGAGUCGUUACGUGAAGGACAAACGGCUUCACGCUGGCGACGUGGUUUUCUUCCACAGACACCGGACCCAUCCUCAACGCUUCUUCAUCAGCUCCACCCGCCGCCAACCGAACCCCCCCGCUCACGUUACCAGGAGCGCCACACCCUCCUUCUACUCUGCGCACCCUUAUCCUGCGCAUCACCUCCCUUUCCCAUACCAACCUGACUGUCUUCAUGCACCACCAGGUGGAGGGUCCCAAGGACAGAACGAAACGACACCGGGAGGGAACAGUUCAAGUGGCAGGGUGCUGAGGCUGUUUGGGGUGAACAUGGAAUGCCAACCUGAUAAUGAUUCCCAAAACUCCACGCCACAAUGCUCUUACACUCUCUCCUCCUCUUCACUUGCCCACCACCACUUACACCGUCAAACCUCUUAUUCUUCUUCCAACACUCACCAUCACAUGCUACGUCAACAACCAUAA